ACAUCCCGAAUAACACUCAUUCUGAUUGAUUAACCUGGUCCCUCCAAUCAGAAAUUCUCUGGGUAGAAAGUGGCAUGUACUUUUGAGAAAGGUUCGGUCUGCAAUUUGGAGGUAAGUGAGCUGGUCCAAGGAGAGACUGACACAUCGAGGCUGGGUGCUUGAGCCCACACAAUGAAUACAGAGCAAACUUGAUUGAGAGUACGUGUGAAAGAAUACAGGACAUAAUUGUACAAAGUUGUAGAAAAAUUGGGUACACAAAAUGGGAGUACUAACAAAUUUAGCCCGAGGGUUAGUACGUGGUGCAGACAGGAUGGCUGAGAUCACAGGCAAACGAGGACCAAAAAGCUUUCACAAAAGCCGAGGUGUCAGACUAGCUGGAGUUCUCACUUCCAGUAAAAAGUUUGUUAAAGUUAAAGAAAUGGUUCCAGAGUUUGUAGUACCCAACUUGAAGGAUUUUAAGCUGAAACCCUAUGUCUCGUACAAAGCACCUAAAGGAACUGAAGAGCCUCUCACAGCAAAGAAACUGUUUUUGGAAGUUGUGGCCCCCCAGAUAGAGAGAGACCUCAAAGAAGGAAAGUUUGACUCCAGUAAUCUGGAAAAGUACGGCUUUGAACCUGUACAGGACGGGAAGCUAUUUCAGUUGUUCCCAAAGAAUUAUACAAGAUGAGAAAAUGACUGAAACUAAUCUUUUAGUGGAAGAAAUUACCAAAAUAAAAUGGGCAAAUCACAA